CUUCCAUCCAGAGGACUCCUGCGACGGCGGCGGCGGCGCGGCCCUUCUCCCCUCGGCAGCGACUGGGCAUCUCGCCCUCUUCCAUCAGCAGUGGCGGCGCCGCGACAUUCCUUUUCGACUCGGCAGCGGCCGGGAGCUCUCGCGUUCUAAUGUCGCCCACACCAUCGCUCCCGCCGCCGCUUCCGGCGGCCGGCCGCCUCCUCGUGCUCUACGCGUCGCAGACCGGCAACGCCAUGGACGCCGCCGAACGUGUAGGCCGCGAGGCCGAGCGCGGUGGCUGCCCGGCCGUCGACGUCCUCUCCAUGGACACCUUCGACCCCAGUUGCUUGCCGGCCGAAAGGUCCGUGGUGUUCGUCGUGUCCACCACGGGCCAGGGCGAUCCCCCGGAUUCCAUGAAGGGGUUUUGGAGAUACCUUCUUAAGAAGGAACUUGGUGCCCGGUGGCUGGAAGGGGUCCGUUAUGCCGUAUUUGGGCUUGGUGAUUCAGGUUACCAGAAGUACAAUUUUGCUGCAAAGAAGAUCGAUAAAAGGCUUUCGCAACUUGGUGCAGACCGGAUCAUAAAGUUAGGCCUGGGAAAUGAUCAACACUUUUCAGGAUACGAAGGAGCUCUAGAUCCUUGGCUGCUGUCUUUGUGGACAUCACUGAAUCAAGAAAAUCCGUCACUUUUACCAAGAAUAUCUGAUAUCAUUAAUCCUAGUCUGAUUAAUUUGGGAGAUUCAAAGAUCGAAGUCGUAUAUUACUCUUCCGAUGACGCUCCUCAAGAUUCCACUGUUUCAGACUCCAAGAAAUUAAUUGGGAGAGCACGUACAAUGUCCCCUGCCCUGAAGUUCCAUAAUGAUGGAGAGCCACAAUACAUGUUAAAGAUGGUAACAAAUCAGCGUUUGACUAAGGAGGAUUCCGAGAAAGAUGUGCGCCACUUUGAAUUGGAGAAUCCAUCUUCUGCAAUCAGUUAUCAAGUUGGGGACGCUUUAGAAAUUCUACCAAGUCAGGAUCCAUCUGCUGUUAAUGCUUUCAUUGAACGCUGUAACUUGGAUCCAGAUUGUUACAUAAUGAUUCGAGCAAAGGGUGGGGACGAAGUUUCCAAAUGUUCACUUGUGAAUGGCAUGAUGGAUCGCAUGAAGUUGAAGACCUUUGUUGCUUUGACGAUGGAUGUUACAUCAGCUUCCCCUCGACGGUAUUUCUUUGAGGUCAUGAGCUACUUUGCAACAGCUGAACAUGAAAAGGAAAGGCUUCAGUAUUUUGCUUCUCCUGAAGGAAGGGAAGACCUUUACAAGUACAAUCAAAAGGAGAGUCGGACUGUUUUAGAAGUAUUGGAGGAUUUUCCCUCGGUGCACAUGCCUUUUGAAUGGUUGGUGCAGCUAACUCCUCCAUUAAAGAAACGAGCCUUUUCCAUAUCUUCAUCCCCAUUAGCACAUCCAAAUCAGAUACACUUGACUGUUAGUGUUGUAUCGUGGCUUACUCCUUUCAAGAGGGCAAGGCAUGGUCUCUGUUCCACAUGGCUGGCGGGGCUUAGUCCAAAUGAAGAAAAGCUUAUACCAUGUUGGAUACACAAAGGAUCCCUGCCUCCACCGCAUCCAUCGGUUCCUCUUGUGCUCAUUGGACCAGGAACAGGAUGCGCCCCUUUUCGAGCAUUUGUGGAGGAAAGGGCGGCACAGAGUGUUAGAGAACCAACAGCUCCUGUUCUGUUCUUCUUUGGUUGUAGAAAUGAAGACAACGAUUUCCUAUACAAGGACUUAUGGUUAAAGCAUACCCAGGACAAGGGAGUGUUGUCCCCGGAAGAGGGUGGUGGUUUCUUCGUGGCUUUUUCUAGGGAUCAGUCUCAAAAGGUCUAUGUACAACAUAAGAUUAAGGAGCAGAGUGUAAGAGUGUGGAACCUACUAUGCUCUGGGGCUUCAAUAUAUGUUGCAGGGUCUUCUACCAAAAUGCCUGCUGAUGUUACAGCUGCACUAGAAGAAGUUCUCCGCCAAAAGGGCGGUGAGGCUGCUUCAGGAUGGCUCGGGAAACUGGAAAGGGCCGGUAAAUUUAACAUUGAAACUUGGUCGUGAUUGUGAUCGGCAAAUAGGUAAGUUAAGUAUGUUUGAACAAUCAGGUUCCACAAUUAUUCACACGGUAGGAACCUUAGAAUUUAGUGUAGAUCUAAGAUGUCAGAAAAAAUAGAGGUUGUAUAUCUGCGCAAACAUACAGGAAUAAUUUGUUCUUGGACAGAACAAUUUACAAGGGAAAGCAAACACCUUUCAACACCUUUCCUAUUUCGAUGUUGUAUAUGUAUUUGGGGCGAUGAAGUUUUGGUACAAAGAUGAAGAGUGGUAGUUUGAUUUUAUGAAUUGGGAAUUUUGUAACACUUCUAUCAUUCUGUAAUAAUCGGUAUUUUUCACCUUGAA